GAGUCGGGGACACAGUCAGUCGGACAGUGAGCAACACAGGGAGUCGUCCUUGAGGAAUUUCUGACGCAACUGGAAAUUUUGAGUUUCGGGUCUCCAGAAUAGAAUAGUGACACUUUUGAAUUAUAGUUCAGGCACAGCUGUUCCUAAAGUGUUUCUGCUGACAUUUAAGAAAACUCAGAGGUAACGGUGAAAUCAAUGAGUUCUGCGGACAACCGCCGUAACGUCAGAGCUGGAUACAGAAAUGGAGGGACAACGGUGGAGGGAUUAAUCCAGAAUGUCGACUCCUCUCACCCGUCUCUAAAUGAUUCACUGGAGGGAGACAUUAAGGCCUUCCUCAUUAAUGAAGACCAGCUCCACACUUACGAUGACCUCACCAAAGUCAACCCGGUGACCCCAGCAACAGUGCUGAAAUGCUUGCAGGCCAGGUACAGUGUGAAGGUGUUUUACACCCAUGCUGGAUGCACCUUGGUGGCUCUGAACCCCUUCCAGCCCGUUCCAGAUCUCUACUCUCUGGAUGUGAUGAAGGAGUAUCACUAUGCUUCUCAGCCCCAGGAGUUCAAGCCACACAUCUUUAUAGUGGCAGAAGAAGCCUACAGGAAUGUUCAGGGUCAGCUGGAGCCGGUAAACCAGUCCUUGGUGGUCAGCGGAGAGAGUGGUGCAGGAAAGACAUGGACAUCUCGCUGCCUGAUGAAAUACUACGCCACAGUAGCUGCUUCCUCCUCAGUGAUGAAGAGUCAGGACACAGUGGAGAGGAUAGAGAGGAGGGUGCUGGACUCUAAUCCUAUAAUGGAAGCUUUCGGCAAUGCCUGCACGCUGCGUAACAACAACAGUAGCCGCUUUGGAAAGUACAUCCAGUUGCAGCUGGACAGGUGUCAGCGGUUAGUCGGUGCGUCUGUGCAAACAUAUCUGCUGGAGAAGACCAGGGUGACCUGCCAACCAGCCAAUGAAAGAAACUUCCAUAUCUUUUACCAAAUGAUGAAAGGUGCCACAGAUCAGCAGAGGAAAGAGUGGAUGAUGCCACAGGACCAGUGUUUUGCUUGGCUGCCAAAUUCAGAAAAAACAGUUGAGGAGGAUUGUUUUGAUGAGACUGUGGAAGCAAUGGUUCAUCUGGGCAUCCACGCAGAGAGACAACAGCAAAUAUUUAAGAUAUUAGCUGGGAUUCUGCAGUUGGGGAAUGUGAGUUUUUCCUCUUCAACAGAUGAAUCACAGACUUGUCACCUCGGUGAACAGUCACAAGACUUCCUGCAGAGGGCUGCUGAGCUGCUGUGUGUCUCUGCUGAGGAGCUUCAGACAUGUUUAAGAGUGAGAACUCUAAAGGCAGGAAAGCAAAGCGUGCUGAAGCCCUGUUCACAGGCAGAGUGCAGUGUGAGGAGAGACUGCCUGGCCAAGCUCAUCUACGCUCAAUUGUUUGAGUGGAUGGUUGCAUUCAUCAACAACAGCAUAUGUGCAGACAAAUCCUCGUGGUGCAACUUCAUAGGAGUCCUGGAUGUGUACGGCUUUGAGUGUUUCCAGAUCAAUAACCUGGAGCAGCUGUGCAUCAACUACGCCAACGAGAAACUCCAGCAGCACUUUGUGGCUCAUUAUCUCAGAGCUCAGCAGGAGGAAUAUGUGUCAGAGGGGCUGCAGUGGUCAUUUGUAAAAUACCAAGACAACCAGAGCUGUUUGGAUCUUAUAGAGGGAAGCCUGAUCAGUGUGUUUUCUCUUCUUAAUGAGGAGAGUCGUCUCAAUCGAGCCUCAGACGCAAAAAUGUUCAGGGUUCGUUUGGAGAAAGAGCUCUCUGAUAAUGCCAACAUCAGCUGGGACAAGUUCAGUAAGGUGGCACAUUUCUCUGUGGCACAUUACGCUGGCAAAGUGAACUACCAGAUAGAGGGCAUGGUGGAGAAAAACAAGGACCCGGUACCAGCAGAGCUCAUUAACCUGUUUGAGAAGUCAGACAACCCCCUUCUUCAGGAGAUCUUCACUGACAAGAAAACUGAGAACCCGACUAACAGGGGGCUCAGUAAAGUCACCGUGGUCUCCAAGUUCAAGAACUCACUGGAGAGCCUCAUGAAGAUCCUUCACACCACAACUCCUCACUACACUCGCUGCAUCAAACCCAAUCCCGACUGCAAACCUCUGACCUUCAAAAAGGAGGAGGUUAUCAUGCAGUUGGAGGCCUGUGGGAUUGUGGAGACGAUUCAUAUUAGUGCUGCUGGCUUUCCAAUUAGAAUUCCUUUCCAAAGCUUCAUGCAGCGUUACGGACUGAUUGCAAAAUAUUCCAAAUUAAGGAGUCAUUGUGUUGAUUUGGAGGCUGACAACAAUGAUGCUGUUCAACAGGAGGUGAAGAAACUCCUCGGUGUGGCGUUACACCACCUUUCCAGUGACAGACACAGCUCACUGGUGCACUGUGGAAAGACUAAAGUUUUUCUCACCCAGGCAAUGCUAGAUUUGCUGGAGGAUCAGAGGAAGAAGAUCCUAUCUCAGUGCGCCUUCUCCAUUCAGUGCUGUUGGCUGCGGUACCAACGCCGCAGACGCCACACCCGCCGGCAGUCCGCUACUCUGAUCCAAGCAGCGGUGCGGUCCUGGCUGGUCAGAAAACGAGUCAGGAGAUGGAACAGAGCAGCUGGAGUCAUCCAGAACAAAUGGAAGAAAUGGAGGACAAUGUUGAAAUCCUUGGCUGAGGCAGAACUUGAUGAUGCAAAGGAUGUUGUGGAAGAGGACGUGCCAGUAUUGAACCCUGUCGUCAGGGAACGGGGCUCGGUGCAGCUCUCCACCAUCCCAGAGCCUGUCCCAGUGAGAGGGUGGCCCAUGGGCCUGGCUCUGGCCUCUGCCCCAUCCAUCACCGUCUCUUUGACAGCCACAGGCUUCCAGAAGAUGAUGUCUGCGAUGGCUUCCCUCAACCUGCCAUCCAGGAGAGGGCAGUACAAAGUUAACACCAACCAGUACACAGAGGAGCUGGCCUCCAUACGGGCCCAGCCCAAGGGAUCUGUAAAGCUGCACUGUCAGCGAUCUCCACUUCUCUAUGCUGACAGACACCCAGACCUAAAGAGUGACGUGAGAGGGUUCAAUGAGAUCCUGCUCGAGAAAACUCUGUAAGGGUGCUGUCUUUGCAGAACACUAAAUUCACGGACACAGUGAAAAGAUAAUCUGGCACACGGGUACUUUUGCAGUUGAGCAGCUGUUUUAUUUUUUGUCUGACACAGAGGGAACAAAUCAGGUAUUUUAUGCUGCCACUUCACUCUUUUGGAACUGAUCUGAGACACUAAUGAUUUCUUUUUCUGAAUAUCAAAGUUUUAUCUUGCCCCACACGUGUGUGUGGAUAGAUCUGCAAAAGCCUCCACCAUUGGAUAAUAAUGUUUUAACAGAUGGUCAAGGAAGAUGAUUCUACUCAAAUAUCCUUAGUUUUGAGCUGUGGGCCCCAGAGACUCAGUGUCCACAGACAGUGGGCAGAUAGACUGUACUCUGCUCUGUUUCAGUCAGAGAAGGUCCAUUUUUGGAAUAUGUGCCAUGUUUCCCUGAUACAGAAAACGGUGAGAGUUAUGGUUGUAAUGAUGGAACUGCAGGGCAAGACAAACAUUGUUGUCAUUUUUUAGCAAUCCUUUGUUAUCGUGUUGAAUUAAAAAAUACAUGGCACAAUCUUAGCACCUUAUAGAGGACUGCAGGUUUCUAUCUCAUUCAUGUCUCUUUGGAACGUCUCAUAGUUGAGUAUUUUAGGAUUUGUGGCAAGUGCCUUUCAUGAAAUCACAAUCAAAUACGUGAUGUUAGUUGUACAUGUAUUUAUUAAGGGGAUUAUGUCUGAUUUCAUAGGCUAAUUUUGGGUGUAAAAAUACAUUGAUUUAGAUUUUAACAUCCAGCAUUUACUAGUGUGGUUUAUGCUUGAGAAAAUGAAGCAAGUAUUGCACAUGUAAAGCACUUAUUGCACAUUAAACACUCACACCUGCUCACAGCAAGAGGCAGACAAAAAGACAUAACAUCAGAUACUUCAGGAAUGUGAAACAGGGAAAGGAUGAAGCCAGGUUGUUAUUUUUUUUUAAAUUGCUGCUUUGUUUAAAAAAGGGUCUUUUGUAUUACGCACAUCAGCAAAUUAUGACUAAACCACUUUGUGUGGAUUUUUAUCCAAAGCACUGCCAGUACUGUACAACUUACCAAAGUCUUUUUACACUACAGUGUUUGUGUGGGAGAACAGACUUGAUUGUCUUUAAACUGACAUUAUAGCUGUCAAGUU